GGGAAGACUUCACCUGAGGGGAAGUCAUCUCUCUUAUUAACUGACAGGUUUGAGGUCUGUUUAACCCCGUCUGCUGAGACAGUUUUAUGGGGGUGUGGCUAUUUAGUAUGCUCCAGCUUCUUGGAGCCACAGAUGAGAGUUGGGGGGUCAAGCAGAUGCCAAAGGUAGAUGAGCUGCCGAGAAAAGGGCUUGGCAAGCUCUCCUGAACACCCCAUACCUCCCUCCCCCCUGUAGAGUACUAACACCCUGAACUGAACCUUAAAAGGACCUGGAGGUUCCAGGAGGCAGAGACAAAGAACGGCAGUGUUCUACGCGUGGAAUCCAGGGCCAUCUGUACAAAGCUUCCAGCACCAUGGAGGCGGCUCACAACGACACGACCACGAUCCCCGACUGGUGGCAGCCCAAGACCCCCCGGCCCCAGAACAUAUUCCUGACCAGCUUCUUGUCCUUGCUGCUUUGUUUCACCAUCGUGAUGGACCUCGUGGGCAACUCGUUUGUCAUAGCUGCCGUGACCAAGAACGAGAGGCUCCGCAACCUCGGGAACGUCUUUGUAAUCAGUUUAUCUGUGGCCGACAUGCUUGUUGCCGUGUAUCCUUACCCUAUGACCUUGAUUGCCAUCUUGAACAACGGCUGGACCAUGGGAAAACUCCACUGUCAACUGAGCGGCCUCCUUACCAGCAUUAGCGCUGUUAGCUCCGUCUUUAACAUCAUGGUGAUAGCCCUCAACCGCUACUGCUACAUCUGCCAUAGCCUCCUGUAUGAGAAGAUCUUCACUGAGAGGAAUACCAUCCUCAUCCUUAUCGUGACCUGGCUGAUGACCCUGUUGGCUCUCAUCCCCAACUACUUCGUGGCCACCGUGCAGUACAAUCCCACGGUCUACACCUGCACCUUUGUCCCCACUUCUACUACCUUCUACACCUUCGUAGUGACGGCCCUCCACUUCCUCAUCCCCCUGACGGUAGUGGCGUUCUGUUACCUGAAGAUCUGGAUCCUGGUCCUCCAAGUCAAUCAUCGGGUCAAGGUCACCAAGCCGAAGUUCAUGCUGGUCGACAUCCGCAACUUCAUGACGAUGUUCCUGGUCUUCGUCCUGUUCGCUCUGUGCUGGGGCCCGCUGAAUUUCUUGAAGCUUGCCGGGGUCUUCGAUCCUUUGGGCAUGGGACCACGCGUCCCGGAGUGGGUAUACAUUGGGAGCUACUACUUGGCCUACUUCAACAGCUGUGUGAACGCCAUGAUCUACGGCACGCUGAACCAGAACUUCCGCAAGGAAUACCAGCGCAUCGUCCGUGACACCAAGGAGACGGCCUACUACUUCGUGGUUGACCUGCAGGAGCAAAUCCGUGAGAUGAGGAUGAGACGCAAGCCGACUUACGCCCGGGCCAGGCGCAUUCAAGGCGACACCUACCUGUGAAGACCAAGUCUCACCCAGUGUCCUUAGUGAUGGCUAAGUGACAGGUCCCAGUUCUAAGUUUGCUCCGCAUACUAUACGCUUAAAUUGCUUGAUGCACCGUACUUCUCCCUGCUCCGACACAGUCUUUACACACACACACACACACACACACA